UUCAGCUCCAUUGAACAGAAAUGACAUUUUAGCAACUAGUUUUUCUUCGAGCUGAAUUCCCCCAAAGUUGGAUAUGACUACAUAACCCCCCUUUUUUAAUUAAAAGCACUGCCUUGGCAACUCUAUUAAAUGCACGUGUAUCGUGUAUAGUGUAGCAAGCAGAUUUUGUUUUGAGUUACUUUACUUUUGUGGAUCAGAAAUAGAAAAAUUAAGAUAAAAUGAAGGUUUUGGCUAAAAACCCCUUAAAACCCAAGUCUCUGGACAACAUUGAGAAAAAGAAAAAGUUGGUAAAACCCCUGGGUAAAGCCAAGAAAGUUAAAAAGCAAGAUGCUAUCAAAAAGACUAACAUCUUGGAGGAGGCAAAAAAGCCGCAUAAAAAAUUAGACAAGAAAAUGUCAAAGGAGUCCAAAAACACUGAACAGAAAACCAAAAACAAAGAAAAGAAGAAAUCCAAAUCGCACAAGGAAGACUUGGAGGGCUUGAAAGAUAUUGAUCCCGAGUUCUAUGAUUUUUUAAAGAAAAAUGACAAGCAACUGCUGGAAUUCAACAUGUUGGAUAGCGAUGAUGAUGAUGAUGGAGAUGAUAAAGUGAGUGAGGUAAAGGAAAAAACUAAAGCCAAAACGAAAAAGAAGUCUUUAGAGUCGGAUGACGAAGAAGAUUUCUCAGACGAGGAAGAUAUAGAAGAUGAUGAUGACAAUGGUAAAUACCACAAACCCAAUGCCGAUUUGGAAGUAGCCAGUGAUGAAAGUGAUUUUGAGGAUGAAGAUGAGCCCGAAAUGGCUCCCGAUGGCACACAAAAAGUUACCCUGAACCUAUUGCGCCAAUGGCAGCUGCAAUUGGAAAAAGCUCAAGUGCCCAUUGACAUCAUUCGUAAAGUGACACAGGCUUUUAGUUCAGCCUUAGCUAGCAUUACACCUGACUGUGAGCAAGCACAGCUGGCCUAUAAGGUUGUUGGCUCGGCAGCCUUUAAUAGUAUCAUACAAUUGUGUGUUUUGCACCUGCAGCCAGCCAUAUUGAAAUUUUUGGGCGUUAAAGAGAAGUCUGCCAUGCCGUUGCAUAAAACCAAGAAAUGGAAUAAAGUUCGUGGUUGUUUGCGUUACUAUUUGACCGACUUGAUACGUUUGGUCGAACAGGUUUCCAGUCCACAUAUUCUGUCAGUUCUGCUGAAACAUUUGCAUCAAAUGGCCAAUAUGGUUGCUCCCUUCUCCACGCUUGGCAAGACCAUAUUAAAGCGAUUGAUAGUGUUAUGGUCCACGGGAGAUGAAACCAUAAGGGUAGUGGCAUUUUUAUGCAUUUUAAAGAUUACUCGCAAUCAGCAGUUUACCAUGUUAAAUCAUGUUCUCAAGGCUAUGUAUCUUUCCUAUGUACGCAAUUCCAAGUUUGUCUCUCCCAACACUUUGCCCUCGAUCAACUUUAUGCGCCGUUCUUUGGUGGAAAUGUUCGCCUUGGACUUGAAUGCCACCUAUCAACAUGCUUUCUUGUAUAUACGUCAAUUGGCUAUACAUCUACGGAAUGCUGUUAUUCUUAAGAAGAAGGAUAGUUUCCAAGCCGUCUAUAAUUGGCAAUAUGUCAACUCGUUACGCCUUUGGUGUGAUUUGUUGGGUCUUACAGCGGACAAGCCACAAUUGCAACCGCUGGUUUAUCCUUUGGUCACCAUUGCCAUGGGAGUCAUACGUUUAAUACCCACAGCUCAAUAUUUCCCCCUAAGAUUUCAUUGUCUGCAAUCUUUGAUAGAUUUGGGAAAGAGCACAAAUACUUUCAUACCUGUACUGCCCUUGAUACUUGAGGUUUUGCGCAGCAACACCUUUAACAAAAAGCACUCGACAGUGUCAAUGAAACCCAUGCAAUUCACCUGUGUAUUGCGUCUAAACAAAGCCCAGCUAGGUGAAAAUGGCUUCAGAGAUGAGGUUAUUGAACAAGUGUGUGGUUUAACUUUGGAAAUAAUGGCCCAUGAAUCAAAUUCAUUGGCGUUUUGUGACUUGGCUGUACACACCGUCACAGCUUUGAAGGCCUAUCUAAAGGAAUGUCGCAACGCCAAUUAUUCGCGUAAAAUAAAGCAGUUGCUUGAUAAAAUAGCAGAGAAUUCCAAAUUCAUUGAACAAGAAAGGCGCAAGAUUACCUUCGGCCUCAAGGACGUUGAACAAAUACGAGCUUGGGAAGCUAAAGUGCGCAACAAGGGCACCCCCUUGGAUAUCUACUAUAACGCGUGGGUUAAGACACACGAAACUAAAAAGAGACGUCAGGCGGCACAGGCCGAUCGUGUUAACGAUGAUUACGAUUUGCCCAGCAUUAAAAAGCCCGCCAAGAAGGCUGUGUCCAUUAAAAAUGAAAAUGGCGAAGUUGAACUAUUUCCCUCCGACUCCGAAGAUGAAGUUGUUUCCAAAUUGCCUGGAGCUAGCGAAAGCGAGGAAGACAUGGACAUGGAAGAUAAACCUAAAAGGGUUCCCAAAAAGGACAAGAAAAAGAAGAAGGAUAAAUUGUCAACAGCAGCAGCAAAGGAAAGGGAGUUUGAAGUGCCCCUGGAAGAACCUGAAGAUGAAGAUUUGGAUAUUGUUAAAGAUUUGGAUAUGGACGAUUGGUAGAAUAAGAAUUUUUCAUUUGAUUUUUAAUAUUAGCAAUUAAGUAACAAAAAAAACGAGAAAAAUAUAUAUUCAAUAUAUGAAUGUUUUGAAUUCUUUUGUUGAUGUA